UAUGGUUUUAUACAUCGUGCUUUACAAGAUUUAAUUGUACGCCAAUAUGGAGAAAAAGAAUGGAAACGCAUCAUUGAUAAAGCUGGUAUACAAGAAGAAAGCCGAGCUUUCUUACUACAUCAAAGCUACGAUGAUGCAUUAACUGUUAAGUUGGUAGCGACCGCUUGCGAAGUUUUAGGCAGCAGAAUGGAAGAUAUGUUGGAGAAAUUCGGAGAACAUUUCUUCCAAUAUUGUGUAGAUAAUGGUUAUGAUCGCAUCUUACGGGUAUUAGGCAGUACACUAUAUGACUUCUUAUUUAAUUUAGACGCUCUACAUGAUCAUUUAGGGUCUAGCUAUCAUGGUAUGAAUGCACCAUCAUUUCGUUGUACUUCAUCACUCGAUGGCAAUAUCAUUUUGCAUUAUUAUUCUCUACGACAUGGUCUAUAUCCAAUUGUCACUGGUAUAGUUAAAACCGCAGCAAAACAAAUUCAUAAUGCUGAAGUUAAAAUUCAAGUGAUAUCAGUUUCAACAACCAGUAAAGGUAAAUGCCAUGUUCAAAUGUUAAUAUCCCAAGCCAAUAGUUCCAGUUCUAAUGCUACAUUUAAUUCCAAUACCGCCAUCACAACGAAUAAUAAAGUACGCAUUAAAGUUGGAACGUUUUGUCAAGCAUUCCCUUUUCAUAUUGUGUUUAAUCGUGAUUUAAAAAUAACCCAAGCUGGCAAUUCAAUCCGUCGUGUACUCAAAUUACCAGCAGAUUUACCUACUGCUAAUAUUCAUUUCAAUACUUUAUUUCAAUUGGAUCGUCCACAAAUGAGAUUUAACUUUAAAAAUGUUAUCAGCCAUAUAAAUAUUGUUUUCAUUAUCUCUACAAUCAAUGAAUUAUCAGACUCAGCAGCAUACCAACAUCAACCACAAUAUACUAAUCAUAGCCAACAACUCCAUCGACAACAAAGUCAAAUGGUUUAUGUUCAUGAAUCUGAUAGCAUGUUAUUUCUGUGCUCGCCAAGGUUUAGUAAUCUGGAAGAAUUAACACAGCAAGGAUUCUUUCUAAGCGAUUUUCCUAUCCAUGAUACAACUCGUGAUGUUGUGCUAAUGUCUCAUAUCCAGCGUAAUCGUCGUGAUUUAGUUCAAUUACGUGAACAAGCUACUAAUGAAUUACAAAUAUUGGAAAUAAAAUUAAGGGCAGAUAAAAAACGUACCGACGAUUUACUCCAUUCUAUUUUACCAAUUCGUAUUGUCAAUCAACUACGUUUAGCUCCUCGAGAUCCCAUUCAUGAACGUUAUGCCAUGGUUACGGUACUUUUUAGCGAUAUCGUGGGUUUUACAGCAUUAUGUUCAUCAUCAGAUAUUGAUCCAUUGCAAGUUGUACGUAUGUUAGAUGAAUUAUACCUGAGCUUUGACGAAUUGUGCAAUUUUAACGAUGUCUACAAGGUGGAAACGAUUGGCGAUGCGUAUAUGAUAGUUAGUGGUGUGCCUGAUCCAUGUUUCAAUCAUGCUAAUAAGGUAAUAAGUAUGGCAUUCGAUAUGAUGGAUGUGACCAAAGGAGUCCUAUCGCCGGUAGAUAAAUCGCCUAUUAAGAUCAGAAUAGGUAUCCAUUCCGGUCCUGCUAUAGCUGGCGUGGUUGGACAGAAAAUGCCUCGAUAUUGCUUAUUCGGUAGUACGGUAACUAAUGCAAGUAAAGUUGAAUCUGGCAGUCAAGAGGGAAGAAUUAAUAUCAGUGAAACAACUAAAAUGUAA